CUUGCGACCACAUUGACCCCACACCUACAUCUCACCCUGUGCCGGCCCCUAAAUACCCUUUACCUGCUUCUACCGGAGUGCCGGACCGGUCUCUCCGAUUCCCGCGAUUACGCGAUCGUUUGCGACCCGUUGCCCUGUACAGCAUCUACAACUUGGUAUCGCGUGAGGACGAUGGAUCCGGAGGACUCUCUUGCAGACCCGUUCUCCAGCCACGGCCUGUGGAGAAUCUCCAAGUUUACCCUACAGUCUCUACAGCCAUUGGAGCCCUUGGGGUGGGAUGAGAAGCUGCCUGACCUUUCGAGUGCUUUCUUCGAGUCUCCAUUGAAUAUCUUCGACAAGUUCGGCACCGAAAUUCCUAGCCUAAAUCCAUUCGGUACCGAGCUAUCAGAUGCGGAUCAGACGCUAGUGUUGGAUACUGCUACUUCAAGUGAAAAUGAAGUUAUUGCGACUACUGAUCAGCAGAACGUUGAAGAGGAACUGGAGGAUAUAUGGGCACUUGGAAAUCAGGAUAUCAAGCAAGAGCGCUGCGACUUUUUGAAAUCAUGGGAGAAAUACCGAGAGAGGACAUAUCGCGAACCUGUCUCGGCAUAUUUCAGCGAAUCGGGUGCGAAAGGCUUUGAUGCUGCAUUGGCACGGCAAGCUGCAAAGGUGGGAACACAAACCCAGAGGUUCAUGGUCCGGCGAGAUGUGUUCUUCCAGGCGUUGCUCAAGCUUGGGCUUGGGUGGAGCUCCAUGUUUUUCUGUUACAAUGAACAAAAUAAACGGUUCGAACGAGUGCACAACAAUAUUCGGAUUUCUGGAGUAACAUCGGUUGCACUAAAUGGAAUUACCGAGGAGCUGCUUGAGUGUGGCACAAACAUGCAGAAAAUACGAGCUUUUGCCAACAAAGUGCCGAGCAGGACAAAAGAACUUUCUUCUCGGUCGGCCUUUGCGAGUGCCGCGGCUGUGGUUGUUCAUACACUUGAAAAGCGGCUUGUCGGACAGUUCGCUAGUAUUACCUCUCUCCUUCAGAUCAAGGCGCUAUUUUGUGAAUGCGGCAAGGUGGUGAACGUCCUGGCGAAUGUGAUCGAGGCAGUUGAUAUUGCAAUGUCCGAGGCACAGAUAAUUUCUGUUGUUUCUGAACGAGCCGCCCACUUCUCGCAACUAUUCGACCAUAUAGAACCUCUCUUACGCGAGAUCGUGAGUCGAGUGGCCGAGCCUUGGCUGAGGCAAGUAGAGAUCUGGGUUGGCCUUUGUCCAGAGACAGCGGCAUCAGUAGAGCUGGCUUCCAGUGGUAGGAGCUUUGUUGUCGCGGAGAACCAGGAGAUAACUAGAAAGACCACAAAGAUGCCGAGGGUUGACUACAAAUAUCUACCUGAUAAUAUGCCCUCCCUCAUCCCCAAUGAUCUGGCGUCUUUGGUUUUCGAGAGUGGACGAAGCCUCAGGCUCCUCAAAACACAUCACCCACAACAUCCAGUCGCCAAUCACGAGAUGUAUCAUUCUACUUCACCCACUUUUGAAUGCGCAGGUACGUGGUUUGAUAUCACCAGGAUAGAAAAGAAGGCCGCCGAGUACGAAGCUAGACUACGUUUUGAGAUACUCAAAUAUAACCGUGGUGAUAUGCAUCAAGGGUCAGACAGAAUGUUCGUUACAGAGGCUUCCGAGCCCACUGGGGAGUCAGAUGUGCUCGCGGACACUUUUGAACUCUUUGACCUCGAUAAUAUGCCAAAUACCACGGGGCUGUUACCAAUGGACGGAAGCUCUCGGGAUAGGCUUGGCUGUCUAGUUGACGGAAAUGUCCACUGCCAUGCCGAACAACCUGCAGCUCAUAGCAGCUUCGGACCUGAAAUAACUUCAUCAUAUUACCUAUCAUUGGCGCCUCUUCUCUGCUCCCAGGCGCUGUUGAUCGAUUUCUCGUGUCUCCAUCUACUAUUCAAAGAGCAUCAUCUCCGAACCCACCUCAACCUCCAAUGGCGAUUUCAGCUCCUUGGUGAUGGUUAUUUCACCUCUCGUCUCUCUGAUUCCCUUUUCGACCCCGACAUGGAAAGUGGUGAGCGAAAGGCUGGUGUAGUGAGGAAUGACGUUCACGCUGGUUUGCGCUUGGGAAGCAGGGAUACAUGGCCUCCAGCCAGUUCAGAAUUACGGCUGGUGCUCAUGGGACUACUCAAUGAGUGCCAUGAUGCGGAGAAACGCCUGGACCCGUCAAUGGACUCUUGCCUCUGGAAUGAAAAGGAACUACCUGGUGGCCUAAGCUUCUCCAUCCGCGACCUUACAGAUGAAGAGGUCGUGAAAUGUAAGGACCCAAAUGCCAUCGAGGCGCUUGAUUUCCUUCGUCUACAAUAUAAACCCUCGCCUGUCCUGGAGACCAUAUUGACUCCGAGUUCUCUUGACAAAUAUGACCGUCUCUUCAAGCAUUUGCUUCGACUGCUACGCAUGGAUUCAGUUGUCAGAAGUCUCAUUCGAGACUCAACUGCGAGAGACUCCCUAUCAGGUGAUACGCGGAAUGUGAUCCAGAAAUUUCGGGUCGAUGCUCAGCAUUUUGUGCUGGCCCUAAGUGACUACUGCUUUCAUGUCGGCAUUGGUUCUACAUGGCGACGAUUCCAGGAGACGCUUUCUAAUAUUGAAUCGUGUCUUGAUCGACAUGACAUCGAUGGUACAGUCGAAGCGGCCAGCUCAGUGCCUAGGUUGCGGGACUACCAUGAAGACGUCUUAGAUCAGAUGCUUUAUGCUCUCUUUCUCAGCAAAAAGCAUACCGAGGUCGCAAUUCUUCUCGAUGAGAUCUUCGGAACGAUUCUCACCUUCGCUCCGCUGUCGCAACUGGACGGGAUUAAUGGUGUACGGCACGAGGCUGAGCCUGCUGUUCGUCGAUUGUACAAUCUCUUUAGGAAACAAACCUCUGCCUUUGUUGGCUAUCUACGCAGUAUCGAAGGCAUCAAGUCGACGUCGAGGUCUUUAGAUCGGUGGGAUACGACGUUCACUGCCAAGGAGGAGCCUGCGACAGUCUUCGACCAUCUGUUGGCCCGUUUAGACACGAAAAGGUACUACUGA